UCUAGAGAGAGAGAACUGGAGAGAGAGAGAGAGAGAGCGCGCUAUCCUCUCUUUUCGCAAGGAUACUGUUUUUCUCUCUUUCCAGUUGAGACUUGAGAGAGAGGAAGUGGGAUACUGAGUUGCCUCCUCUCCUUCUUGACAUCAUCCACAAAUAGGAAGACUGCAAGUGAUUCUGCCUACUCUAAUGGCGUCUUGUUGUAUCUCUCUCUUCUGCUAUCCAGAUUAUUCUCUCUCUCUAACCCCUUCUUGUCACUCUCUCUUCUUCCCUCUCUCCUCAUCCACCUGUCGUUUCAAUUCCAGUACACUCCUGACGCCCUUUUGUUCCGAUAGCACGGAGGGUUUUGGAAGGAGAGCUUCCCAGAGAGGAAUACACAGAGGAAAUCCCAGCUAUGAGAAUGUUUCAGUGGCAUCACAGAAAAGACUGUCUGGUAAGUUCAAAAAUGAAAGAGGUUAUGGACCUUCAGAUGGUACACAGGGGGAAACAAGCCAAUCUAAAUCAAUGGCUUUUAAGUCUCUUGGGAUGCAAAGGAAGGAAAAAGCAAUUGUACAUGACCUGAAAGAGCAACAGAUCAAUGAAGCUAGCACUCUACAAGAUGGAGCUUUCCUAAAUGCUGUUGUAAAGGUCUACUGCACUCAUACUGCUCCAGAUUACUCCCUUCCUUGGCAAAAGCAAAGGCAAUUUACAAGUACAGGCAGCGCCUUUAUGAUUGGGGAUGGGAAGCUUUUGACGAAUGCACAUUGUGUUGAGCAUUAUACACAGGUCAAAGUCAAGAGAAGAGGAGAUGACACCAAAUACGUGGCAAAGGUCUUAGCUAGAGGUGUAGAGUGCGAUAUUGCUUUGCUUUAUGUGGAGAGUGAGGAAUUCUGGAAAGGGGCUGACCCACUUAAGUUUGGGCGUUUGCCAUGUCUUCAGGACUCUGUGACUGUUGUAGGAUAUCCACUUGGAGGAGAUACUAUAUCAGUUACUAAGGGUGUGGUAUCACGAAUAGAGGUGACAUCAUAUGCUCACGGUGCAUCUGAUUUAUUGGGAAUUCAGAUUGAUGCAGCAAUAAAUCCUGGGAAUAGUGGUGGUCCUGCAUUCAAUGACCAGGGGGAGUGCAUUGGUGUGGCCUUUCAGGUUUUCAGAUCAGAUGAAGCUGAAAAUAUUGGAUAUGUGAUUCCUACCACUGUUGUUUCUCAUUUCUUGACUGACUACGAAAGAAAUGGAAAGUACACCGGAUUUCCUUCCCUUGGUGUACUGCUUCAAAAAUUGGAAAAUCCGGCUUUACGUGCAUGCCUAAAAGUGAAUUCGAAUGAGGGUGUACUAGUACGUAGAAUUGAACCAACUGCUGCUGCACAUGAUGCCUUAAAGGAGGGGGAUGUAAUUGUAAGUUUUGAUGGCAUACCAGUAGGAUGUGAAGGAACUGUCCCAUUUCGUUCCACUGAGCGUAUUGCUUUCCGAUACCUCAUCAGUCAAAAGUUUGCAGGCGAUACAGCGGAGCUUGGAAUCAUUCGAGGAGGGGCUCAUAUGAAAGUCAAAACUCUUCUGUAUCCGCGUGUGCAUCUUGUCCCAUAUCACAUUGAAGGAGGACAACCUUCGUACCUCAUAAUUGCUGGUUUGGUGUUCACUCCCCUUUCGGAACCUCUCAUUGACGAAGAGUGUGAGGACUCAAUGGGGCUUAAGUUGCUAGCAAAAGCACGGUACUCAUUAGCGAAGUUCAAAGGAGAACAAAUUGUUCUAUUAUCUCAGGUCUUGGCCAAUGAAGCAAACAUCGGAUAUGAAGACAUGGGCAAUCAGCAGGUUUUGAAGUUCAAUGGGACCAAGAUAAAGAACAUUCGGCAUCUUGCCCAUCUUGUGGACACCUGUAAAGAUGAGUAUUUGAUCUUCGAAUUUGAAGACAACUUCCUUGCCGUUCUAGAUAGAGAAGCAGCCUCAAUUGCAUCACCUCGUAUUCUGAAGGACUACGGAAUCCCAUUUGAAAGGUCCUCCAAUUUAGCAGAACUGUACUUGGAUUCUUCAGAAGAUGACUUAGCCCUGAGCGGGGAUUUAGAUGACAUCCCUGCUUCAAAUUUAGAAAUUGGAUUUGACGGUCUCCUCUGGGCAUGAAUUCACUGAAGAGCUCAGAAGUAGAACGUGAAGAAAAUAAUCGAAAUGGGUCAAGAAGGGGACAUUUGCCUUGCAGCCAUUAAUGGAGGGAAGCCUAAUUUUCACUGAGAUUUUUUUUUUCUCAUUGUUAUUUUUUUCUUUUUCAUGUAUAAUGUAUGGAUAGGCAGAAGAAGCCGGGCUCUAUGAAGUUGUUGUAUCAGUAAAUUUAUUUAUUUUUGUGUUAUUCUAUAAUUAAUUUUUUUUACAAAU